AUGGCGGCCUUUGUGACCAGCGUGGUUCCCAGAGCCGAUCGCCCGCCGGUGAUCCCGCAGUUCAGACCGGAGGUGCAGGUGACCAAACCAAAGAAGCGGAAGGGCAACCUGCAGGAGCGGCUUUUGGCACAGGCGGCACAGGAGAUCGACAGGCGCGAGGGCUCCGUAGAGCAGCCGCCCUGGCCAAGUCCUGCGGCGGAACUCGGGCAAGAGCUGUGGCCGCAGAUUUCACAGGACGGUUCACAGUUCGAGAUCGCACUCCUGGCGGCCUCCGCCCUCAGGCUGGCGUGGGCGGUGGGCAUUGCGCAGCCUUCGCCGAAGCCAGCGUGGCGUGCUUUCUUAGAGGAGAAACUCCGGGAGGCUUUGGUAGAAGUGGCGGCGGCAGAUGGUCCGGUCAGCUUAGAUGCCUCCGUGUUUGGCUUCAGAGAGCCCAAGUCUGCGGUAGCAGUUUUGCAGUAUCUGGCGUCCCUGGACAAGUUGAUUUUGGCCCUGUGGGCCAACUCCUCGCGCUCCGCCAUGCAUCCGGCAAGGUUGUCGGAGGUUGCCGCGGAGUGCCUUCUGCAAGACCCAGCAGUGGCGCAAAACGUGGCGGACCGAGCACAGUCAGCGCGGAAGUUGCGGGAAGCGUUCCGCAUUUCCUCACUGGAGCUCAACGACGGGAGGCGCAGCAACUGGGCUCUACGGUUUCUCAAGGCUCGGCACCUGGAGGCGGCCUGCCAUGCGGCAUCGGCGCCCUGGCGGCGGCGGCUGCAGUGGCAGCUGGAGGCCCGCGACGCGCUGGCGCGGUGGCAGGCCUUCGCGGUGCCCACGCGCGCCGCGCUGCAGGAGUUGAAGCGCCGGGCUGGAGGAGGUAUCGUGGAGCUGGGGGCCGGCAUGGGCUACUGGGCCAAGUUGUUGAAAAAGCUGCGCCUGGAUGUGGUCGCCCUGGAUGUGGAUCCACCGGAGAACUGCGGGGUGGAAUACGGUACAGCCGAGUCGCUGAAAAGCCUGGAGCAAGAGAUGCUGCUGCUUUGCAUGCCUCCACCUGGAGAAGAACAAUGCGCCGACUUGGCUCUCAAGAACUUUGCAGGCAGUUACGUUGCCUACAUUGGUGAGUGGGGCACGGGCAUGACAGCGACCCUGAGCUUUCACGAGACCUUGGCGAAAGGAUACACCCUGGAGAAGCACCUGCCGCUGCCCAGCUUUCCCAUGAUGCGGCUUGGAUGCUUCAUCUUCAAGCGGGAGAAAAAGAAGCGGAAGCAUGAGGACGGGAUCGGCGUGUCCUUCUUGAGCUGCGACGCCUGCGGCUUCCAAAACUCCCUGCGGCGGUGCCCUUUGACACGCCACUGGCUGCUGUGCUCCGAGGAAUGCUUUCAAAGCUCCCUGGAGGAGCAGCGCGGCUUCCUCGCCGCGUGCUUCGUUGCAGACGUGGAGCCGCCGGCCUGGGACACGUGGCGGGAGCACAGCUGGCUUCAGCUGGGGGCCGGGGACCUCCAGACCCAGUGCCUGUACCGCUGCGGAGCUCCGGCCUUAGUGACGCCGGAACGCCGGACAGGCUCACCGCCGGACGAGUAUUUCGACCUGAAGCCGAGCAAGGUGACUUUGGGGGAGGAGAGCCGCGAGGAGAUUUUGGCGCUCGUCGCUGAGCUGCGGCGAGGCGACAAUCCCAAGACCGCCGGUGGAGGCGCUGAGGCAGCCUCUGGCGAGCUAGAUGAUCCCAGCUCUGAUGAGGAGUCGGUCUCCAAUCGCCAGAAGCGGAAAGAGCAGGUUCGCCUAAAGAAGCACCUCAUGAAGCAACUGUUGGAGGAGGACAAGCGUGAGGCUGGCGAGGACGUGCGGAAUGGCAAGUCCAAGAAUGCGAAGCCGGACUCCUCCCAUGUCCAGGUCCGUGUUUUCUACCGUGACGAGCGAAAACCCAGCGACAAGAAGAAGGGUCCGGAGUUGAUCCGGCGAGGGGCGCUAGACGCUUUGGAGGACAAGAAGGAGAAGAAGGAUAAGAAACAGAAGGAAGACAAAGAGCACAAGAAGGAUAAAAAGGAAAAGAAAGAUAAGUCGGAGAAGAAGGAGAAGAAGGAGAGGAAGGAGAAGGAUCAUGAGGAAGAGGCCCUGGCGGCCUUCGAUGAUCUCUUCCAGCCCUUGUCGGAAGAGGAGGCGGAGCCGCCGCCGCCGCUUCCCACAGAAAGAAGACACGGCAAGGACAAGAAGGAGAAGAAAGAGAAGAAGCAGAAAAGAGCAACGGACGACGUAAUCCAGGAAGAAGCGAAAGAUCCUUUGGACGAGCUCUUCGACCCCGCCUCGCCGAAGGAUUUACCUGUAGAGGAGGCGGAAGUUGGGAAGACUAAGAAGGACAAGAAGGAGAAGAAGGAGAAGAAAGAGAAGAAGGAUAAAAAGGAUAAGAAAGAGAAGAAGGAGAAGAAGCGAAAGGCCAAAGAGCCGGAGCCGCUGAAGAAUGAUCCUAUGGAUGCGGGUGUCGGGGAGAUUGUGCCCGAGGAGGUGCUGCCAGAGGGGCUCCCGGAUGAGUUCGACAUCUUCAACGAGUUCGGCCUGGAAAACGACGACAGGGCCAGUCCCGCUGCUAAGAGGGACCCGUCCCCGAGCCCGGCGGGCUCGGUGAUGCGGAAGCGGAGGAAGAAGGAGCCAAUCGCUGAGGAGCAGGACCUUUCCACGCAGUGGACUCGGGUCAUGGAAGCCAUCAAGCCACGCAGGGGCCUCGUCAUCAAAGAUGAGGAGGCUCACGCCUACGUGGAGAACUUCAUCGCUCGGAUGGAGGCCACAGCUGCCCAUGAUCUCGAGGAGUACCACGCAGGCCGGCCCAUGAUCAAGAAGUUGGAGCUGUUGCCAGAGGCAGUGGAGGUCAUGGAGAAGUAUCAGUUCACCGAUGCCUUCAUCACCUAUGGUGGAUGCAAGGUCCUGGCGCUGUGGCUCCAGAGCCUCCCCAACGGCGCGUUGCCCUCGGUGCAUCUGCGCUCCGCGCUGCUGCGGUGCAUGGAGCGCUUGCCCAUCACCAAGGAGGCGUUGAAGAGUGCGGGGGAGCCCUUGCUGGGCAAGAUCGUCGCAGGCCUGCAGACGCAUCCCGAGGAGACGGUGGGCAACAAGAAGCGCGCGCAGAACCUGGUGCAGCGCUGGCUGCGGCAGAUCAUGGAGCCGGACAACUCCCACAGCCUCGAGGCCUUCCUGGCGCAGCCGGAGAAGGUGGGCGCCAUCCCCCGGCCGCCGCCGGAGACGGAGGAGAGCCUGCAGAAGCUCGAGGAGGAGAGCGCCAAGCGGCUCCACCCGGCCAUCCCGGUGAUCCAAGCGAAGGAUUACGUCAUCCAGCCGGUCUCAACGGCUCAGCCCAUCAUCCGAGAGAAACUCACCACGGACACCUACAAGGGCAAGCUGAAUGAGGUCCUGAAGGUCAUGGCGCGCCCCAACAAGAGAUCAUGGAAGCCCCACUCAGUUUCCGUGGCCGGGCGCCAGCUCAACGCAGAGUGAGAAGCUUUCCGACCUUCUUUUUUUUGCGCGAUCGAGCGCAAAAAGGAGUUG